GGUGGAACCUCUGGGGUUUCUAUGGAAACUACAAUCAUGAAACAAAGGACACCUGUAGAAGAGAAAAGGCAAAAUGUCUGAGGGGACAUACCAGCAGCUCUGGGUUUCCACGCAGCAGAAUCUACAAAAGUUGUUGAUUGAGGAGGAGGCCCCACCAGAGCCAGUGCCAGAACGAGAGCGAACCUCCUUCAUCUACAAACUUUCAACCCUUUUUUUGCACUACCUGGGGAUGAUGCGGAGGCUGGACAUCAUCUAUGAUCAGAUGGUGCAACCCCAGAAGCGGCGGCUCAUCCGCCGCCUCUUGGACGGGGUGGCCGGUCGGAUUCUGGAGCUGAAGGAGGAGUUGGUGCAAGUCAAUCUUUCUGAGUACCAUUGCCUGGACUUUGCGCUUCAGGAUCUAAAACUCACACCGGCUGACCUAGAAGUCCCAAUUCCCAAAUACUUCUUGUUGGAGCAGUCACAAGAAAUCAAGGACCGAGAGACAUUAAUGGAAGGCCUCCUGGACAAAUUCGGGCUAAGACUACUACAGGAAGAAAAACGAUAUUUCAGCCUCCCAGAAGCAGUACUUUUGAUCCAACGAGCUGAGCGAGGCCGGCAAGGCUGGUUCCGGGCCAAGUUCAUGCGAGAGAUUCGAGAGGAUGAGGAACGAGAGAGAAAUCGGCGAGGGCGGGAGAACAAGCGGUUUGAGAACGAUAAAGAUCAGGCAGCAAUCUAUAUCCAAAAGAUUUGGAGAGGUUACCGUCAGCGGAAGAUAACUCGACAGAUGCGGCAUCAAGAAAUGGAAUUCAUUGGCAUGAUGCCUCCUUCCAAUGAGACCAACUACUUGAUGACCCUGAGAUCGGCCGAAAAAGGGGAGGAGGUGCGCCGACAACGCCAGUCAGAGAAGGAGGCAGAGUACCAGGAAGCAAUAGUAGAGCUUCAUAGGCAUCUGCGGGAUAAAGAAGGACCCAACCUACAGGAGAAGAUGAAGAGUCAGAUCCGUCAGUGGUUCAUCGAAUGUCAUGAUGUUACUGGUCAGUUCCCUGAAUAUCCCGAUGAAGAGAUAGGUGGUUCUGAAGUAAUCUAUUCAGACAAGACCCCACAACAGGUGAAAACAGAAAUGGACGAGAUAGAUGAUGAAAAUGCCAAAAAGAAGGGGAAAGAAAAACCAAAGGAAAAGGAAAAAGACAAGAAAAAAAAGGAAGAGGAGAAGAAAGAGAAGGAAGAUAAAUCCAAGAGGAUGGAAGAAGCUAUGCUGCAAAUGGCACCAUCCAAAUUUGUGCCUAUUCUUAGUGAUGGAAAUAAGGAGUACAAGGUGACAUGGGAGAGCCAGAAAUCACCUCUGAACCCAGAUCAGAAUUAUAACGCUGAGAUUAUUCGGAUGGAGAAGCGAAAGGAGGUGGAAACGGAAAUCCGGAUCCAGGUAGACAAUCUGAUGCGUCAAGAGCUGCAGGCCCUUCGACUGGCGGUAGAUAGGGAAUUGCCAAGACAAGUCAAGGGGAAGGCCAAGCCCAAGAAAGCCAAGAAAGGCAAAGGGAAGAAGAGGGACAAAGAUCUGACCCCAGACAGGACUGUGGAGUCUCUGUUUGAAGAGCUCGUGGAACAAGGCUUGAUCAAGAAGAGCCCAUUUGUGAGACUGUCUGAAUUUAUUGGUGACUACUUAUAUCUCGGAACUGCUGCGAAACCAGGAAACAGAUUGGCAAUGCCAUCCCUCUUCGACUUGAGGCAGAAUAUAAUUCUGUAUGGGGUCCUGCGGCUUGGCUCUGCUGAAAUACAUGCUUUGGCUCCCCACGUCCGAUCCAUUCUUCUGGCUGGCCCUAUUGGCACAGGGAAGAAGAUGCUAGUCCAUGCAGUUUGUACCGAGACUGGGUCAAACCUGUUUGACCUGUCUCCAGAAAACCUGGCAGGAAAAUAUCCAGGCAAGGCAGGGCUACAGAUGAUGAUGCACAUGGUCUUCAAGGUGGCUCGACUCAUACAGCCUUCUGUGAUCUGGAUUGGGAAUACUGAGAAAACAUUUUAUAAGAAGGUCCCAAAAGAAGAGAAGGAGCUAGAUCCCAAACGGAUAAAAAAGGACCUGGCAAAGGCUCUGCGCCAGCUGCAUCCCGGAGACCGAGUGAUGCUGAUUGGAACAUCGGAUCAGCCACAGUCUGCUGAAAUCAAAGGACUAUGCAAAACAUAUGAGAGGAUCCUGAUGGUGCCCCAGCCAGAUUAUGCCUCCCGCUACCUCCUCUGGAACAGUUUGAUUGGGAAACAUGGGAAGAUUCUACUAAGCCACCUGGAUAUCAGUGGCCUGACCAAGAUUUCAGAUGGCUACACCCCUGGAAAGAUAACUCAGGCUGUCACAUCUGUGAUGACCGAGAGGCGGAAGCUGCAGCUCGUCAGACGGCACCUGAAAUCCUCCGAGUUUCUGGACCCUCUGACUAAGCUGGAACCAGUAUAUCAUGAAGAAGAGGCAUCGCUGAAGGAUUGGUACUUUAAGACUCCUCUGGGGAAGAGGUUUCUAAAAGAUGCUGAAGAACGAGCAGGGGAAGAGGCAAGAAUGGCCAAAGAGAAGAAAAAGAAGAAAUGACGAAGCUCAAAGCAAGACCAGAGUGGGAGGGUUGGCUGAGGACUGGGGAUGUGAAGGGGAAGCAUCCUUGGGAUGGAUGGGCCAGAUGACAGAGGUAUAAAUACCCAAAUAGCUGUAGGGAUGAUGGAAAUUCGUGUGGAUGUCCAUCUCUAUGUCUCAUUUCCCUGGUUUCAUUUCUCUAGCUCUGAUUUUUUUUUAUCUUUUGCCUUCUUCUCUACCUUUCUAUAAACAUGUGUCCUGCUCAUC